AUGCUUGGUGUCAUAGGUCUUUUAUCUUUUGAGGCAAAACUAUCAUAUGACGAACUUGGUCUUUAUUGUGAAGACUAUUUCAAGAGUUUAUGCAAUCUUUUGAUCCAAUUUAGCUUGACAAAGUUUGAGAACAACUCAGCUUCAAGCCAUGCAUUUUGGCUAUUAAAAGAAAGUGAGCUAAUUCCCAACAAUGCAAAUAUAUUGGAUGGUCGGUAUGCUAUCUUUAGUUAUGUUAUAGAAGAUGAGGAUUGUUUAGCACAUCUCAAGGUUGGUGAUGUCAUAGAAUCCAUUCAAGUGGUUUCCGACCUAGAUAAUUUGGUUAAUUCUAGCUAUAAGAUUGCCCUUUAG